CCAAGAUGGCGGCCCCCUGGUGGAGGGCGGCGGUGGCUGCUCGGCGGGGCCUUGAGGCCUUUGUAGGGAGUCCUGGCAAUACUUCUUGGCACCUCUGUGCAAGGCGGGAUUUCCGGACCAGUGUUGCCUGCUGUAAGAACCGAGCAGCUCGGGUUCGUGUUGGGAAAGGAGACAAGCCCGUAACCUAUGAGGAAGCCCAUCCACCCCAUUUCAUUGCACACCGCAAGGGCUGGCUCUCCCAGCACACAAGUAACCUGAGUGGCGAGGGAGGGGCAGCUGAACGCUCUGUGGAGGAUGUCUUCAUCCGCAAGUUAAUCUACGGCACCUUCCAUGGCUGCCUGGCCAGCGAUAUUGUGUUGAAGCGCCGUGCCAACACGCUGAUAAUCUGCGCCAUUUUCCUGCAGAAGCUGCGGCCUUCCAAGUUCUACUUCCUGAUUGGCUACACAGAGACGUUGCUCUCCUUCCUGUACAAGUGCCCUGUCAAAAUGGAAGUGCAGACGGUUCGUGAGAAGGUGGUCUACAAGUAUAUUUAGUUCUGGCCGUCCCUGCUGGGGAGAGCUUGUCUUUGAGCCAAGACCCAGCUGGGCCUUCUGCUUCUUGAGCCAGGAGCAGGAGCCUUCCAGCCAGGGACUUCAGAGGAAGUUAGGGGGACCUGCAAACUUCUGCUUGGUAGCCACCUUGUAAGGAAGACACUCAGUUUGCUUGUGAAGGCUAGAGAAUGACUGAGCCCUGGACUCUUGCUGUGAAAGGAGUUGGGGUUUUGGGUUUUUUUUGUUGAAAUCCAAACAAAGAAUGUUUGUGCCCCUUA